AUGAAAGAGGGAUCGCAACAGCCCGACCAGAGGAACUCUGCCACGCUCUUUUCUGGUGUGCAGCAUUUCCCUCUCUAUUUUAUUUCACUCGCCUUCCUUGGCCUUUUCCCCGUGCUAUUUCACUACGAUUCCAUCUCGUUUGUCAAAUUAUACCAACUUGCCCUUACCGGCGCCGUCCCGCAUCCGCUUCCCAUGUCAUUCCCAGCAUCCUUGCUGCUAAUAUUGGCUCCCUCCGGAAUUCUCCAUCAAGACCUGUGUGUACUCGUCUUUAUUCUCCCCAGCAGCCUCGGUUGCACUUGCCACUCACCGUCACGCAGUCGGUGGCUCUCCUCUUGA